AUGUUAGGUGAAAAAACGGUCGAGUCAAACAGAGUUGAUGGCAGGGUGGUUAAAGGUUUGCAGGAAAAUAUGGAAAUCAUGCUUCCAACUAGUUUUACUAGAGAUAUACCAGCUGAUCAUAGUUUGAUCCCAAGAGUGAGCACGGUAAAAGAGUGGCCUCAUUUGGUCAAGGUGUCGGGGCAGUUGACCCCCUACAUGAAAAACACAAGUAUUGGUCUGUUGAUUGGCAGUAAUUGCAUGCGCGCUAUAAAACCCAUAGAAAUCGCUCCUGGCGAGUUGGAUGAUCCUUACGGUGUGCGCACUGCGCUAGGGUGGGGUGUCGUUGGUGUUGUAGGAAAGUCUGAGGACAGUGGCGAUAGUACUAGUAAGCCAAACCUGGGUAGCUGUCAGGUUGGUCACUUUGCAUUCCAAACUCGUGUUAAGGAAGUUAGCCUGCGCCAAGUCGCAAAAAUGUUUGAGUACGAGUUUAAUGAGCCUGCAUCGUGUAGUUUUGAUAAGUUAUCAAUAGAAUAUAACCUGUUCAUAAAGGUACACAAAAGAAGUGAUGGACACUAUGAGAUGCCCCUGCCUCUGAAAACAUCUGAAGUCAGUUUGCCAAACAACAAGCUCAUGGCCGAAAAGCGUGCUCUUAGUUUAAAGAGAAAAAUGAUCAAGAACCUGGGUUAUAAGAAGGACUAUACAGUCUUUAUGGAUACCCUGAUAAAAAAGGGUUACGCUGAACCUGUCCCUGAGGAUGAGAUAGCUGUAAAGGAUGGGAAGGUAUGGUACAUACCCCACCACGGUGUUUACCACCCACACAAACCGUCAAAAAUCCGUGUGGUCUUUGAUUGUUCUGCCGAGUUUGCAGGAGAGGUUCUCAAUAGGCAUUUACUGCAGGGCCCUGAUAUGACUAACAAUCUAGCAGGUGUACUUUGUCGAUUUCGUAAGGGUCAGAUUGCGAUAACAUGUGACAUCGAAGGAAUGUUCCACCAAGUGGCUGUGAAUGUAGAACAACGCAAUCUUGUACGUUUUCUCUGGUGGGAAGGGGGCGAUCUCAACACUACUCCAAGGGAAUACCGCAUAACUGUGCACCUGUUUGGCGCCACUAGCUCACCUGGUUGUGCAAACUUUGCCUUAAAGAGAGCCGCCUCAGAUCACGAAGAGCAGUAUGGUAAGGAGGCAGCUGAUUUCGUUCGAAAUGAGUUCUACGUCGAUGAUGGUUGUACCUCGAAGGACGGGAUCCCCAAGGACACAGUUAACAUGAUAGAGGGCGCCAUUGGAAUAUGGCGAGAAGGAGGUUUCAGACUUCACAAGGUGAUGUCCAUUGACAAGCAAGUCCUGGCCGCCAUCCAACACUCCGAGCGUGGAAAAGGGAUACAGACCCUUGAUUUGUGUAGAGACAGCCUGCCAGUGGAACGGACCCUAGGAAUAUUGUGGUGCAUAGAGUCGGACACCUUCAAUUUCAGGGUGCAGCUUAAGGAUAAUCCGCUAACACGAAGGGGGAUCCUAUCCAGCGUCUGGUCUGUGUAUGACCCUUUGGGUCUGGUGUCGCCUUUCAUCUUGGUAGGAAAACAAAUUUUGAAAGAACUUUGUAAACACGGUGCCGAUUGGGAUGACCCUGUCCCUCAAGAGCUCAGAACGAAGUGGGAGGAAUGGAGACAGCAACUCCCAGACUUGGCAAAAUUGAAAAUUUCCAGGACGUACACUUCACAGGAACUCAGAAAGGCAAAAACAGUGGAAUUACAUAACUUUUCAGAUGCCAGCAUGUCGGGGUAUGGUCAGUGUAGCUUUUUGCGCGCGGUCAGUAGCAGUGGUGAAGUAGAAACUCAGUUGGUCAUGUCAAAGUCGCGUGUCACUCCCGCAAAGACUGUGACAAUCCCAAGGUUGGAAUUGAGCGCUGCACUGGCUUGUGUAAAAGUCAGUGAAUUUCUGGCACAUGAGCUUAAGAUAGAAAAUCUAACACAGUUCUACUACAGUGAUAGUAAUGUUGCCCUGGGUUACAUUUCAAAUGAUUCUAAGCGUUUUCAUAUCUACGUUGCAAACCGUGUUUAG